AUUGCCCGGCGGUUUCCGCCCCAGCUGGCCCAGGCCUACUGCGCCCAGGUUUGCCCUCCUGGGUACCUAGAGGGGGUGGUCCCCGCGAGCCCCUCGGACCCGUAAGUCCCCCGCCGGCCUCCGGCUCGGGGCGCGCCGCCCUCCGCCUUCGUCUCCGCCCCCAGGAUCUGCGGCUGCCGGCUGCCGAGCGUGGCUUCCCCGGCCGGCGGCGCGAUGGGCUGCGGGAACUCCACCGCCACCAGCGCGGGCGCGGGCCAAGGCCCUGGAGGAGCAGCUAAAGACGUAACAGAAGAGUCGAUAACAGAAGAUGACAAGAGGAGAAACUAUGGAGGAGUGUAUGUUGGUCUGCCAUCUGAAGCUGUCAAUAUGGUGUCCAAUCAGACAAAGACUGUGCAGAAAAAUUAGAAGAAAAUAAUAUCAUGACUCAAUAAUCAAGAGCCUGUUCAUCAAGAUCUGGAUGAAAUUUUUCCUUCAUGGGAUUUUGUAACGUGCACAGACAUUUCCAAGGAAAUUCUAAACAGUCUCCACACCUCCCCCGUAAUUCUUAGUUGAUAGUUAAAACCAUGGGUACAUACUGAAUGUUGUGGUACUAGAGAGGAAUUGGUUAAACAACAUGCUUGGAUAUGGAGCUUUCUGUGAUCCGCUUGCAGAAGGCAAACUUAUGAAGGCUUCUUGCCCAGCUGGUCCUGUGUCCCCGCUGGGGUCUCACCUGAACAUCCCCACAGCUCAUGAAGAUCAUGUCUUUUCACUGAUGCUUUUUUUGAUAGUUUUUAUAAAUCAAAAUCCUUCAUCUAUUUAUAACUUAAAUAAUAAAGCACUAUCAACGAGUUACCCAAAGUAAUAUAUUUGUGUGUUAUUUUUCACUAUUUCUACUUCAUGUUGAUUUUUAGCUGUAAAAUUGAUUAAAUUGAUACUUCCUGCCAUCUCUUUCCCUUUUUUACUAUUGGUUUUCAGCUUUAUUUAAAUGUCUAAGGAGUUUCUUUAUUGGGAACAACGCAUUACAUGGCAAUACUUCAGCUGCUGAGGUUUGCAUUGCAUGCUGUAUGUACAUUUUGAUUAACUUCCUCUUUGCUUUAGUUAAAGGCUUAUGUAACUACAAGUACUUCAUAGCCAUCAAGUCUCCCAUUCUUCCUGUGUGUGAUCAUAGCAUCUUAUCAUGUUAAUUCUGUACUAUUUUCAAGGACUUGUCACUGAUGGUUAGUGGGAUAUUUGGAAAGUUCUUAAUUUGAUAACAACCUUGUACUGAAGUGUAAAUCACUCAAUUGUAUUUCAACAAUUAAAACAUUUUUAUCCCUCUUUA